CCACGCCCCCGGCAGGGGGCUGCGGUGACGGCUGAGGGUCAUGGGGUGUGAGCGCAGCUGAACUGCCGAGCCUCGGAGGACCGCGGUGUCCCUUCGCCUCGCGGCCGCGAGCGGCACACCGGCCCUGCGCUUGCCCGCCCGCCCGCCCCUCGGCGGCGGCGCGGCUCAUGCGGCUGAGGGCGGGGGUCGGGGGUCGGGAGCGGGCGGCGGGCUGGGCGUCUGGGUGGCCCGGGCCCGGGCGGUGAGGGGCGGCUGCGGGCCGGCCGGCCGGCUGAGGGCCCCGGGCGCGGAGAGCAGGCGGAGCCCUCGGCCGCCGCGCCGGGAAGAUGCUGCUGUCCCUAGUGCUCCACACGUACUCGAUGCGCUACCUGCUGCCGAGCGUCGUGCUCCUGGGCACGGCGCCCACCUACGUGCUGGCCUGGGGCGUCUGGCGGCUGCUCUCCGCCUUCCUGCCCGCCCGCUUCUACCAGGCGGUGGACGACCGGCUCUACUGCAUCUACCAGAGCAUGGUGCUCUUCUUCUUCGAGAACUACACCGGGGUGCAGAUAUUGCUAUAUGGAGAUUUGCCAGAAAAUAAAGAAAAUAUAAUAUAUUUAGCAAAUCAUCAAAGCACAGUUGACUGGAUUGUUGCCGAUAUCUUAGCCAUUAGGCAGAAUGCUCUCGGACAUGUGCGCUACGUGCUGAAAGAUCGGUUAAAAUGGCUUCCAUUGUAUGGGUGUUAUUUUCCUCAGCAUGGAGGAAUCUAUGUAAAGCGAAGUGCCAAAUUCAAUGAAAAAGAAAUGAGAAACAAGCUGCAGAGCUACGUGAACACAGGAACUCCGAUGUAUCUUGUGAUUUUCCCAGAAGGUACAAGAUAUAAUCCACGACAAACAAAAGUCCUUUCAGCUAGUCAGGCAUUUGCUGCUGAAAAAGGCCUUGCAGUAUUAAAAUAUGUGCUGACACCACGAAUAAAGGCAACUUAUGUUGCUUUUGAUUCUAUGAAGAAUUACUUAGAUGCAAUUUAUGAUGUUACAGUGGUGUACGAAGGGAAAGAUGACAGAGGGCAGCGCAAAGAGUCCCCGUCCAUGACUGAAUUUCUCUGCAAAGAAUGUCCAAAAAUUCAUAUUCAUAUUGAUCGUAUAGACAAAAAGGAUGUCCCAGAAGAGCAAGAACAUAUGAGAAGAUGGCUUCAUGAACGUUUUGAAAUAAAAGAUAAGAUGCUUAUAGAAUUCUAUGAUUCACCAGAUCCAGAAAGAAGAAACAAAUUUCCUGGGAAAAGUGUUAAUUCCAAAUUAAGUAUCAAGAAGACUUUACCAUCAGUAUUGAUCUUAACUGGUUUGACUGCGGGCAUGCUUAUGACGGAGACUGGAAGGAAACUGUAUAUAAACACAUGGAUAUACGGAACCUUGCUGGGCUGCUUGUGGGUUACUAUUAAAACAUAAACAGGGAGCUGUCUCCAAGCAGUGGGAUGUACUAUACAUUGUCUGUUUUUGGCGGCUGCACGUUACAUCAGAUUGUUUCCUGAAUUUAAUAAGAAGUGUGUAAAUAAAGCCUUGUUGAUUGAACAUUGGAUAAAAUAGAAUUUGUGACUAGAGCUGGUAUGCAGUUGGUCUUGGGCAAACAUACAUGGUUUUACAACUUUAGCUCUGGAGCUCCUGGAGAGGUAGGAGCUAAACGGAAUUUCUGCUGUUUUUUACAUUUCCCUUUUCCCGUGAACUAAUGACAACCUCAAAACAGAAGCUUAGUAGGAUUGUAUAAUUUGUUAUUGUUUUGUAAUUCAGAUGGCUGUAUUUUUUAACAUUAAUUUGCAGCAUAUUUCACUAUAUUUGUUAUUUUCAAUUUAUUAUAACUGGAAAGCUCCAAUCCCUUAUCACUAAAGUAUUUAGUAUCUAGCAGCUAGGUAAUAUUUCACUUUUUGUUUAAUUUCUGCAAGUCAGUGAACGAAAUUGUAUUUAAGUAUUGAAAUGUCCAAAGAAGAGGGCAAAAAAAUGUUCAUGGGGAAAAAAGCUGUUCAGCGAAUGUUUUUAUUGUAUUGGAUGAUUAGCUGAUUGUACUCAUUUUAUAUUUGCAAAAUAAUUAACAUUUCUAAUAUUUAUUGAAAUUGCUUAAUUUGCACACCCUGUACUCUACACAAAAGAAUAAUGUAUAAAAUGUGAGAAGUUUAAAGUUGUGACUGAUUCAUUGUAGCAGAAAUUGCCUAGCUUUUUGAAGAUUUAAGCUACCCUAAGUACUUCCCAACGUCUGUGCCAUAAGUGCUUGAAAACAUGGUUUCCUUUCUUAUGUAUACAUCUCAAAGAACUGAGUGUGAAUCUUUGUCCGACCCUGAGUUCCCAGGUCUUUGAGGUGAUGGGAGCCAACUAGAUUUACUAGCAUGUGCCUUUCACUUACUUUUUGAUUUAGCAAAAUAUUUAAUUCAAAAGUCACUUGUGUGUUACCAAGGUAGAUUUCCACUGUGUUCUCCUUUUCCUUUGGAUUCUCACCAGUGGUGCUGCUCAGCGGCUUGCACACAGCAGGGAAGAAGAGCCAGCCAGAGUCACCCUGCCUCAAAGUCGAACUCUUUAAGCCCUUGUGAGUGAGCUUCACCAGUUGCUGCAGAGGCAUUUUGCAUUUGUCUAUGUCAAGAAAUUCACCUUGUCAAGCCAGUGAAAUACAGACUUAAUUCAUCAAGCUGAGUGAAUUUAAUUUGUUUCUUUCCCAUUAGUUUUAAUGGAAUAUCACCUCUGAACAAGAGCUAUGUUCCAGGAACCAAAUCACUCGGUUUCCAGUCGUGGAACAGUAUAUCCCAUGGAAGAAAACAUUUUUAAAGUGUGGUCUGCUCUACUUUUAUGUUAUAAUUUAAACUUGGUUGCCUACUGGUCCUUUAAGUUAACAUUUAUGCUUACUGCUAGUGGCUUUUUGUUGUAGAAUUCGUCAGUGACCCAGAUGGAACAUACCACUUGAAUCAUGAUUAAAAAAAAAUGAAAAAAAUAAUUAAGGGAAAUUUUGUCUGAUUGUGUUACGCUGCUUUUCCAAAACCAGAGAAUAAGCCAUUUCAGGCAACAUCUUUGAAGAGUUGUGUGCAUUGGUUUGUGUAUGUUAGUGUGUAUAAUAUAUGUGUAUACACAUUCAUAUACACUCAGGAUAGAGUUUGCCUAAUUAUAAAUGGGGGCAUGUGUAAAACUUAGGCAAAGUGUCCUCAUGCUGAAUUUUGUGUUACCUGUAAAGUAAAAUUUAGAUCAAUCCCAUGUUUUUGUUAAAUACAUUUUUUAACAAUACUAAAUUUAGAAAUUAUUUCUAACUAGGUCAGAAUAAAUGGAAAUUGUGGGACUUAUUUUGAAUAUCAUGGAUAUGCUCUAAAUUUUAAGAGGCAAUACCAUUGGAAUUAUGUGGAUUAUAACUCAUUUUACCAAGACAAAAGUAAGAUCACUUGAAUGUCAUGUUUCUUAGAACUUAACAUUCUUUCAAAAGGUCUAUAAAAUAUGAUAGUGAAAAAAAUUCUGUAUCAAAAUGUUUGGAAAAUUAGAAGCUUCUCCUUAAUAUGUAUUGAUAUUGACUUAAAUUAUUAUUUUCUAAAAUUAAGAGACCUGUGCCUACCUGUAAAUCUUUUCACCUAUCACUUAAACUUUUGUUUGUAUUGUUGAUUUAUGGCUUAGUUACUACUUAGUUUUUCUUUAUAAGAAUGCCAUCAAUGUGCAUGCUUUUAUGUUUUUCAGAAAAGGGUGUGUUUGGAUGAAAGUAAAAAAAAAAAAUAAAACCUUUCAGUGUCUCUAA